AAUCUGUGGACUGCAGCCUUGUCACUGUCAGUUUAAAAAAAAUUUACUCCAUGGUAUACUGAAAAAUGUUUAGAAAGCUACAGGACCAGAGGGAAAUAUUGAUAAACCAUUAAUUAAUAAGGCGGUCACCUUGUUGAUAAGAAAAACUUCGUUUCCCUUUCUAUCACAAACACGUUAUAAUAUGUAUUGAAAAGACUUUUUUUAUUUCUCUGAAGUAAAAUGUAAAAUUUGCAUUACAAAACGCGAUGUGACGUGCUCAAGUGAAAGAACUUUUUCCAUGGAAUUAAAACGAUUUAUGAUAUAUUCGACCUACUUUUAUAGCGAUAGCUUUAACUAUAAUAUGAAUAGAGAACAAGGAGCAUAUUAAUACAUCGUUAAAUGGAUAACAACGUGUUCCAAAGUGGUGGAUGCGGAGAGGAUUUAGAACAGGCACUCAUGGACUUGGGUCCACUUCUCGGAGUCACCAUCAAGGAGGAAGCUCCAGAUGAGCCUUCGGAUAGCUCAGCCGCCGCUUCUCGAGCAAAUGUGAGCAGUGUACAAGAUGGGGCUGGCAACAGUGGAGGGGAGGUCACCAGCAAGGGCGAGCCAACUGAUGGAGUUGAUUCUCUGGCCUCACCAGCAGCUUCCCGAACCUCAUUCCUCAGCAUCAAAUGUGUAUACUGUCAAGCAGUGCUUGCACAGACUGAAGGUUCUCCUAAGCUGAUGGAGUGUUUACAUUCAGCUUGCGAAUCCUGUGUCAAAACCAAGGUGGAAGAGAAGCUGGCUGGAAGCAGAGACUUCUUAGGUGCUGGUCGAGUAUCAAUUCUUUGUGCAGCAUGUAGACUCCAGUGUCAGCCAAACAAUAUGAUAGAUCAGAGAUUUGUGCUGGAGAAGGUUGCCAUGGAACAGGCUGGAACCAAUGGUAACAUGAGUGGUGAUCAGCAAUGCAACAGCUGUGAAGACACGGAGCCUGCAACCAGCUACUGUGUAGAUUGCGCCGAGUUCAUCUGUGACAACUGUGUGCUUGCCCACCAGAGAUUGAAAAUAACGAAAGACCACAGCAUUAAGUCUAAAGAAGAAGCGUUGCAAGAGUUGCAGGCUGCACAGAGCGGGACACAGGCUGCGCAUGAGAUGUUUUGUCGAGAUCAUCCCCAGGAGCGCCUCAGUCUGUUCUGUGAGACGUGCGACCGGCUCACGUGCCGCGACUGCCAGCUACAGCACCACCGCGACCACAAAUACCAGUUCAGCAGCGAGAUGGCCACCCAGGCGAGAGCGAGCAUAUCAUCGCUGGUGUCGGAGGUAAGCUACAAGCGAGUGUUGCUGGGCUCCGCCAUGAAGGUGAUUCGCGACCGACAGCAACUCAUCGCCGAGAAGAAGAAGGCACUCGUGCACGAGAUCACGCAGACGGUGGUCAAGUUGACGAACGCGAUCAAUACCCGCGGGAAACAGUUAGUGCUGAGGUUGAACGAGGUGUGCGACGCCAAGCAGCGCACCCUCGGAGAGAAGAAGGAGGCGCUGCAGCAGUUGGCCGCCAUCACGGACCACUGUCUGCGCUUCGUGUCCGCUGCGCUGGAACAGGGCAGUGACACGGCGGUCUUGUACAGCAAGCGGGCCGUGAGUUCGCACCUGCAGCGGAUCAAGAGUCGCCGCGCAGACAUUCCUAACCCCGAGAUCCCCGUGCGGAUCACACUGGCUCUCGACAACCUGCCCGACCUUGUGCGAGUGUUGUCGUCGCUGGGGGCCAUCGUGGUGGACGGCAAGGUGGACGGCGGCGCGAGCCCCGCCCCCGGCCCCGCCCCCGCGACCCCCACGCCGCCGGCUGCCCCCGCCCCCGCGCCCCCCGCCGCCCCGCACUACGCCGCCCACUCCCCCCACUCGGCUGUGAUGGCCCUACAGCAAGCCGCAAUGCAGCAGACGAUGGCUAGAUAUCAGUCGUUCGUGGGCGGGUACAUGGGACGGCCUCGCGCUCACACGCCGCUCCGACAGCCGCAUGUCACCUCCACCACUCAUCCCCACCACCUGCACGGUAUGAACGAGAUGAACCUCCGCGGGCUGCUGAAUGCCAACGCGCGAGGGUCCGGCCGGCCCGCUCUCACCAUGCACCCGCACCAGCAGACACACCAGCACCAACACGUGACCCACCCCUACCAACACAUGAUGACCGCGUACGGCGGCGGCGCGGCGCAGACCGCGUGUGCGGCCAGCGGGCGCCGCAGCGGCGGGCCGCGCACCCCGUCCCCCGCGCCCGCCGCUGCGCCCGUCUACCCGCCCGCCAAGUGGCACAUCCCGCAGCACAGCGGCGGAGCGGACAGCGGCGCGAGCGGCGGGGCGGCAGGCGGCGCGGACUACAAGAUCACUCUGGGCGGGCGGCAGCAGCCAGCUACGCCGGGCCGCAGCGCGCUCGUCACCUCCACCAACCCCAAGACACCCAGCCCCGGCCUGCACGGAGGUGCGGCGAUGGGCCUGGGCGGGCACGCGGGCGUGGCCGGCGCGGCGCAGGCGUGCGAGCUGGACAAGGUGUGUGCGGAGUCCGUGCAGGACCUCAUGGCCACCAUCGCCAAGUUGGACUCCAACGGCGUGCAGGUGGUGCCCGAGACGCCGGCGCAGCCCUCGCCCUCGCCCGCGCUCGUGCACUCCUCCACCGACAGUACGUGCUCCUGACCCGGGGGGGGGCUUAUGUAACUCUUUAGCAAGGCGGCGGGCCCCGCGCGCGCUGCGGCCGCCGCGGGCGCGGGAGACCCCAACGAGGACUGGUGCGCCGUGUGCAUGGACGGCGGCGAGCUCAUGUGCUGCGACAAGUGUCCCAAGGUGUUCCACCAGUACUGCCACAUCCCCGCCGUCGAGAAGCUGCCCGAACCGACGGAGUCGUGGCAGUGCUUGCUCUGCGUGAACUUCGCGGAGGUGCCGGAGGACGGGGUCGGAGCGGGAGCGGGCGAGUUGGGCGGUCGCCGGCGCCGCGUGGUGGAGCGCAUCACGUUGGAGCUGUACUGCCAGUACGAGCUGUCGCUUCAGUUCCGCGAGCCCGCACUCUACGCUGCGAUGCAUCACUUGCAGCCGAUGUGCCUGGACAUGAUCCGCAUGAAGCUGCAGCCGCGCUCCCCCGACCGCUACACGCAUGAGGCGCAGUUCGUAGCGGACUGCCGGCUACUGUUUCGCAAUGCGUACAGAAACAACCCGGCCGACUCUCAGAUCUACAAGGACGCGCGCAGGCUGGAGGAGUUCUUCGACGCGCAGUUGGUCAAGUGGCUGCCGGAGUACGCGUACUGGAGCGGCGAGGGCGAGCCGCCCGCCAAGCGCUCGCGGCUGGAUUGACCCGAGCUGCCAGCGCCGGCCGGCCCCGCGCGCCCCUUGCUGCGCCCCUCCGUGCUGCGCCCGUCCGUGCUGCGAGCUGUGUUCGCGAAGCCCGCGCCCGUCCACCCACCCCACGCCGGCUACACCGGCCGCUACCUGCCGCACUAGACAUGUGCCGUUUUAAAGACUCACCGACGUGUCGUGUGAAUCAAGACAUUGUCGAAAAAUUUAUCUCUAUAUGUAUAUUUUUAUGAUCACAUAUAUUGUUCUAAAGUUCUGCAAGAACUUUUUUGUCUACUAAACUGACGUGUUUUGCCUUCCUCUUAGCUAAAAAUGUGGCCAAAUUUAUCAAGUAUCACUAAUUAAAUGUAUAUAUUUAAUUUUAACGUUAACGUUAAUGCCAUUCGAAAGCCGAGAGUAUAAGUAAUAUAAAGUCUUUAAAUUCUUUGAUCCAUACCUAAAUACUACUCAUUCGGAUAAAUAUGGAUCCUGUCGAGGCUAGGUGAUACAGUGACCCCUGAUAAAUACAAACUCCAGUCCCUGAAUACCAAUUUUUAAAAUAAGUAACCGUAAAUGUAUCUGUCACAAUGGUCUAUCAUCAUAUUAUCUUCUUAGGAUACACGCGCUAGAAGCCGUGUCGUGUGUAGUUGUGUAUUGUUUAGUUACUACACAGUAGAACGGAAUAGUUGCUUACGAAAUGGAGUGUACAUUUCGACCCUGAUUAAAUCUAGAUCCGAGUUGAUCAUUUAAUCGGGUUAUCCCUCGUGUGAAAUUGUAAUGUUAGAGGGAUUGGAAUAUGUGUAAUAAAUACUAAUAGUGGUCAACUUCUUUGCUCUUCUCUAUGCCUAGAAAAUACUUUAAAUGCUGUCUCGACGUCCAGUCGCAAAAAAAUGCAAGAUUUUUACUUAGUAAAAAGCGUACUAUUUUAAUGAAUAGUACACUUAGUAUGUAAUUUGAUAAUAAAUAUCGAGAGCAAAAUCAUGUUGUGGCAUGCCAUGCAAAUACGUGCAACCGAUAUAAUAUACGUGACAUGUCUAGAUACAAGUACCGAUUUGCAAUUGUGAAAAUCGGUACGAGCGCAGAGGGCGCGGUCGGGAGGGGGACGCCGCACUGAUUCGUUGCUCUGUCUAGUGGCAGAGUUGAGUCACUAUUUGUGUAGUCUGUUACACAUACUAUAAAAAUAUCUUCACAAGGAUGGGCAGUCCUGCUAGAGGAUAGAAUUAUUUGAUUUUAAAUUAAAUUAAUAACAAUGCAAAAAUACAUUCACGGCAUUUUCAAGUAGUCUGUUGAACAGAGCUUGUGAAGCGUAAAUAGUGUGUAUUGUAUUGUUAAAGUUCCUUUCAUCACUUACGUUGUACGUUUACAGAAAAUUAAUAUACCUAUAAUAAGUUUAUACAUCACGAGCAUAUAAAAUAUUUUAUUUAUAUUAUAAACAUUAUAGUUUAAAUAUAUACCUACAUAGGCAGCAUUCGGUUUUGUAAAAAUGUUGAAUGCUGUUGAUUAUCAUUAUAUUUUCCAAACGUUCACUUUAUUAAGUUGUUUCGUCAAAAACUCAUUAAGUAAAUUGGAGGUAAUUCUAGAAAAAACGUUCCAAACCACAAUCAUGUCGAAAUUGAGUUAAGAACACAAAACUGAUCACGUGAAUCAUAUUAACGGACUGACAAAAAAUGGCAGCCCUACUGUCACUCUCUAAAUGACAUCAUGAAAUAUUUAUUAUACUUUAAACACGAAUUCCUUAAAAUGUGAUGUUUGUGGCUUAGAACGAUUUCAGGAACUACAUCCAAUUGAUUUUAUUAAAAUUUAUAUUUGAAUGUUACGUGUACUGUGAUAUGAAUUUGACAAGACGUCGCAACGUUACAUUUUGUUAUGAUGUCUGUACAGAGGCAUUUUAAGCAGGUAAUGUACAUAGCAUAGUGCUUACAGUUAUCAUAAUAAGUUAUUAUUCUUGCUCAAGUGAAGCAUAUUGAAAGUUCCAAUGUAUGAUGGUUGAUGCCCUAGCAACUAACAGAACCACGCAGGUAAAAAGGAAUGUUAGGCAUCAAAUAAUAUUAUAAUAUAACAUAAGUCUAUAUUUGUUAGAAUAUUUUAGUUUCAAUUAUUAGUUAUUAUGAGAUAUUACGUUGGAUAUCACUAGUUAAGGUAUCGAGGCACAAAUAGUUAUAUAUUUUGGUUAAUAAAGUAAAAUUUAAAGUGAAUUAUUGUAUUAAGUACCAUGUAUUUUAAUUUAAGUUAUUUUAUUAUAGUACUAUUACUAUUGCUAAGCUUCAUCGAGACGUAAAACAAUGAUUAUAUUAUGGUUUUUAUAAGUAAUUUGCGCCUAAGUGUAACAUAUUGUACCAGGUUAUAUUUUGGAUUCACAACACCCAGAGAAACAAUAAUUAGUAUACAAAUAUAACUCAAUGUGAUUCUGUUGUCAAAUUCGUGUAGUUAUAUAUUUUUUUAAUAAAUAGGCGCCAUACUCGCGCCUCUACAUAUUGUAUGUUCGGGUAAACACUGCAUGUAGACAACUAUUUUUUGUUUAUUUAAAAUACAGUGUAACAUGUUUCAUGAAAACAUUUAUAACGAAAUAAUAAUAAUAAUUUUAAUAAGCAGAUUAUUUAAAAGAGUGUGACAUUAAUGUGUUACACAGAAAUGGAGAUUUAUAAAUCUCCUGGUGCAUGUUAUGAUAUACAUAGUGAUUAUGAUACACAUAGUAAUACAUUUACACAGAAAAUGUGAACGAGACCAUUUUAGGCAGUAGAUACACUUUUGUUAGUUAAAAACGCUUAAAGAACACGUGACAUUGUAUAAGGUCAAUAUAGCUGUGGACUUAACUUAGAUUUCUAACGAAAUAGACAUUAAAAUCUUACAAAUACUUCACAACUACUAAUUGAUUGAAGUAUUUUUUGUAAUUAUCGUUUAGCGUUAAAACUAUCAAAAAGUGACUUCAUCAGAACCCCUGCAGAAUGUCUUUAAUGUUUGUGAACUGUGUUGGAGCUGUAGCGGCCGAUCCCGGUCGCAUCGAUCGGUGCGAAAUCUUUGUAUUGUUACAAGCUCGAUGUUUGUACACAUUUUCGAUACUUAAUAUGCCGGUUGUAUCGAUACACUAGAUCGGUAUUUAUUUAGGUUGUAUAGAUUUACAAGUUCGUAAUUGUUACAGUGUAUCGAUACAGAAGAUCGUUAUGUAUACCAGCUGUAUCGAUACUCGAGUUCGUUAUGUAUACCCGUUGUAUCGAUGCACGAGUUUGUUUAUUCCGGUUGUGUCGAUACACAAGUUCGUUAUUGAAAGUCCGGUUGUGUCAAUCAUGUAUAUAUACAUUUCGUACAAAUUGGUUGUUUGUUUGUUGUACGCACGUCUGUUGAACGUUGCGUGGCGUAUCUCAUGUUUAAUCUCGUACCUAAGUAUUACUACAAUAAAUAAUGUCAUUAUAUAUUA